AAAAAAGGCAGCAAAAUGUCUCGGGGGUCAGUAUCUAGUAAACCCGUUUCAAAGUCACGAUGAGUCAACGACACUUUGCUUGCUCUCUCCAAAAGCAAGAAACCACGGCACUGUAAUCCAACUUCAACCCAAUUUUCUGUACUAGUUGGUUCAAAACAUCAAGUUUCUUAUAUUUAUCUUGUUUUGAAGACCAGAAUGGCCAUCAGCAUAGUAGACCACGAAUUGCCAUACGACACCCACAAUCUCUACGAUGUAACAUUUUACGAUGAUCAAAUCCACACCCUAGUCACUCACAGCGCACCCAUGGUGGAAUCCUGGCUCUCUGAAAUCAUGCCCAUAAUCAAUGAAAACCCAAUUGUAGGCCUGGACGUGGAGUGGCGUCCUAAUUUUAACAGCAACAGCGACCACCCAAUUGCGACCUUGCAGCUUUGUGUGGACCAUCGUUGCCUCAUCUUCCAACUCAUCCACGCCCAGAACAUCCCACAAUCACUCUUUGAUUUUCUUGCUAAUGGCAGUUACAAAUUUGUGGGUGCUGGGAUCCAGAAUGAUACAGAGAAGCUCCUUCUGGACUAUGACUUGAAGGUGACCAAUACUGUUAAUCUUGGGGCUUUGGCAGCGACUAAAUUGGGUAAGGAGUUGAAGAAUGCUGGGUUGAAGGGCCUGUCUAAAGAGGUGCUUAGGAAGGAGCUCCAGAAGCCUAAAAAGGUGACAUUGAGUAGGUGGGAUAAUGAGUGGCUCACUUUUAAUCAGGUUCAGUAUGCUUGUAUUGAUGCUUUUAUUUCCUCUGAGAUUGGGAGGCAGUUAACUGCCAUGGCUUGAUUGCCAAUGAAUGGUUUCUGAGAUUUGGUCAGCAGGAAGUUUCAUCUCUAACCAGAUUUAGAAUAAUAAUUCAUCGACUGGCCUUCUAUAUUUUCGGUUUUAGAGUUGUGGCAGCAUAAUUUUUUAGGAUUAGCAUGCUGGUGGUGUUAUUAAACAAGCUUUGGUGUUAUGGAACACUUUUCUUAUCACAUGUUAUUGAGAGUGCUACUGCUAUCAGUGUGAUUUUAUUUCUUGCCGAUA